CAAUAUUGCAUUUCUGGACACAUUUGAUCUGCAUGAAACGACGUAAGAGCUGUAAAGAAUAUGCAGGAAAAUAUUUAGUGAGAUUAAGUGCUAAACCGUGUUUGGUGAGAUUGAGUUUCUCUAAACGUGAAAAUGUUGAAUGUCAUGGAUUCAUAGGCUUGACUGAUGGGGAUAUUUCUUUCGGGGGGCAUGAUAUUGGCUGGACAAGCAAAGCGGUCUAUUUCUGAACUAUUUCACUUUGAACAGAACUGGAAAGUUUUCACCAACGCACCGCUGUGAGUUUGUGUGUGAGUGUGUGUCGGGUCCACAGUGUGUGUACAAGCGUGCGUGCGUUUGGAAGCUAGUUAAAAAUACUUGGAGCCAAUGUUGUGAGGCUCCAUCCCGAGAGAUCGCCAAUUAUCAAGGAAUUUAGAAAGCAAAAGAUUAACCCAAACAGUCUAAAACAGUGCUAAUAAUAGACUGACCUUCGACAUGAUCCAUUCUCCCACCAUAAAUGCAGUCAUAUCACUACAAGACGGGGUAAAGAGCACACACACACACACAAACACACACACACAGCGGCUCUUCUCUCUCCAGGAAUGCUUUUAGAGUGUUGAGAGCAGACACCGUGUGAAGGCAGAUGUCUCCGCAGUAAUAGUGGAAACUCUUAUAAAUUCUUAAUCCUGAUUUUAGUGCUAACACUCCGAGAGGUUCUUGAUAACGGUGAUGAAUCACAUCGUAAUAUCAGUGUCCUGCAAAGGAAGGAUUGGAACCAACUGCGUAUCUGGUGAGCGUAUGGGGAAAUUGCAUGAGAAUGUUUUUUAUGAAAAACAAGUUCCCAGAAGAGAAAAGAGAAGGAAGAGUCACCUCAAAAAACCUCACACACACCUAAACUGUCCAAAUAGUGGAAAUGCAUUAAUGACACAUAUUGAAUUAGUCUGAACUACGAAGACGGAACAUGGUUGGCGUUUGUUAAAACCUUACUCUCAACUAUAAUGUAAUCUAACAUCCAACAUAACAUCUGUGAAAUAAACUCAAAUCAGGCAGAAAAAGAGAAACGGAGAGUAACAAAUUGUACAUUUUAAGUGAACUCGGGACCAGAGCGUUUCCUUUGCUACUGUAAACUCCAGACAGCGUGUGGGCCUUUGAUCCGUGAAGGGCAGCAGGCAGUAAAACAAAGUACUACCUGCAGACACCAGUAUUCAAGUCACAGCAUGCUAGUAGCCUUACAGUGCUGUUAUUAUUCCCUACUUUGCAAUCUUCAAUUUAUACUUUACUAAAAAGUAAAGUACGGCAAAGACAUUGUUAAAACAUAUGUUUGAGGAAGUCGGUCUUCAGGGGUAUGAUUGUACAAUAUCAGAGCCCCAGAGCUCCGAUGGAUGUCAAAAAGAAAUAUCUGGGUUUGACAGAAUACAAAAAUAAGAUACAUUUGACAAGCAAAACAAAAGACGACUUUGCUCGGGAAAAAAAAAAAUAGUGCUUCGUUCAGAAGAUAAAAGUUGAUUUGAGGUUAAAUAAAGGUCACCUUGCUGAGCCCAAACUGCUUACAAGAAGUGAGAGUACAAAAACUCAAAACGUCAAAGAGGGUUUGAAGUCUGCCACGUUUUGUCAUCAUAAAAGGUCAAUGUUGGCGUCCUUAACCUGUGUCCUCAGAGCUGUAAAAAAAAGACUUGGCUGUCAAUUACACCAGCGAAGCUGUUAAACGAUUCCAGGCGCCCUCUGAGUCAGACUUCACUUCCCAUCAUGCUCUGGGUGAGCACCAGGGUCGGCAUCCGAUUGGACAUUCUGAGAGAACAUCAAAACAGAAAAUGACCUCAACUGUAAAGCAGCUUUUAAAAGCGAGAGAAAACAAUGCCGCUGCCAGAUGAAGAUAUGAGCGUGUAUCAAAGAGAGCCCUCUUCAGGAAAGAUUCCAAGGAGGCUCGAUACACCAAACGACUGUUUUUGGCGCAAAGCUGUGGGAUUGUGUGUCUCCCCAAAUCUCCCCCAUAACUAUCACCUCCGGCCCCGUGUCCAGGCGUCUGUUUUUGCCGCAAAAAAAACACCGGAUGGCUUUUAAAAAGGUUUAUAUGCCACAGGUUUCUUGACAAUAAUAACACCACUGCAAUAGACGUCCACCGCUCCUUUUCUUUUCGUUAUCUCUAGCGGCUACUAUCUAUUUGUGUAACAUUUUCUCUAGAUGAUCUGGAUGGUCACCACUCAUCCUGCAAACUAAAGCACAAACAUCCACAAGCAAUAAUCUAUUGGAACAAUAUAUUCCCACAAAUAGGCUUUUCCUUCUUGGUUAUGGUCCAGUUUGACCUAAAGUCCAGGAUGGACAAAACAAGCCCUUUUAAAAGACAUUUUGAAAAGAUCAGAGCGUCUGCACAAAUAAGGAGACGUGCUUUGAAAAAAGACGGCCGCAUGUUCUGUUUCCUCAUUGUGAACAAUUCAAAAGAAGAUGCUGGUGCUGAGGAAAUCAAAGACCCGUUGACAUCUCUGGCAAAGGACAGAAUAAAGCCCUCGUCCAGGGAGGUCGUUCCUCAGCUCCCGCUGUUAGUUUGGACCUGUGACGUCCCCGUGGUCGCUCAAUCUCCCGCACUGGCACAGGGGUCGGUCCUCCAAGGCCUCCACCUGUCACCCAACCAACAUGGCGCCGUAACCCACCACCACAGAUCCAUGCAGGCAGUCCCCACGGGGACCGCGCAUUGUUUGGGAGCAUGACCAGAUCUUGCUAGGGACCCUCCGGGCGAGGCCACUUAUUUCGGUCGAGGCCAAUUGGAAGGCUCCUUGAGACGCUUUGCCUGGCUUCUGUCCGGGAAGCAAUUGGCCUCAACGGACUCCUGCCAGGUGCUGCUCGCCCCCCCGAUCCCACAGCUCCUGGGGGGGUUGUCACAGAGACCCCCUCGCCAUGAGAAAGUUUCACAUUCACGGGGGAAAAGCUUCAGCAGAAUUUUCAUAAAGUGACCACCCGUGGGGAAAAACAUUGAGUUCAAACAACGUAUGGCCUGUAAAGUAGACAUGUGGGAUCAUUUUAUAUACGUUGAUUGUGACUUUGCGGUCACUUUAAUGUCUGUAAUAUCUUUUAUGAGGGGGACGCCUGGAGUGACACGUUGAGGGAUGUUUUCAUUGCGUCCAAAAGACCGAGGUGAUGGAAGGGACAGAUGAACAGACCGGAGUGACGCCUCAUAUAUCAGGUCUUUACGACCCCGGUUUGGAGAUGAGAAGGAGACCUGCUCAGGCCAGAAGUCCCUCUCUCUCCCUCUCUCAGGCCUGCUUCUCUGACCUCCACAGGGGAGCGUGUCAUUAGGGCCCAUAUAAACUUUUGAAGUAGUGAGUCCAAGGAAAUGCCUGGCCUGUCAGGCAAUAAAUUGUGACUUUAAAUACCAAACACCAAAAAGUGCACGACCCCUGACACAGAGAUGACUAGGCAGUUAUGUCUUCUGUUUUUCUCCCCGUGGAUGGAUACCUGCCAGACGUAACUUAUUGCUUCCCACUAUUACACUCAUGUGAGACACACACUUAGAUCGAGAACCGAGGGGCUUCUUUGAAGUUUCCUCCUCACUCGAGUCAGUAAAUCCUGACGUGUGAUUCCGUGCAGCUGAAUGAAACCGCUAAUUGAGAGUGACAUCUGAAAUGAUAGCGGAGGAAUUCUUUGAAGCGCCGUCCUCAGCGCAAACAUCUUAGCCAACGUGAGUCAUUAUGAGAAACUGGCGCGAACCCCUGCGAGCGCGGGACGCUUCUUGGAAAAGAGCUUGUGGUAAGUUCUGCGAGGGUGAGCGUGCAUGCAAUUGUUCUUAAAGUAUUCCGGAGUGCAUACCGAGCACAGUCUGCCGCUCCAAGUGUUUAUAGCUCCCUCUCAUGUCCUGUGGGUGAGUGACGGCCAAAGGCAGGCAGAGGGUGUUUCUCCAUUGCUUCUGGGCCAGGGACAGCUGACUGGUUGUGAUCUAAUUGCUCUCAAGUGAGGUCGGCAGGAGGCAUUUAUCUAAGCAGGCAGAGUGCACAGCGACAGCGGAGGAUGCACAGAGUCCGCUUGCCAGAAACAGGGAGACAUUCAUGGGAAUUGACAGAAGCUACCAGCUCUUGCUCAGAUUCCCUGCAUUGCGACUGAGAGAGAGUCCACAGCUUGUGGAACUGCACUUAAAACUCUGACGGAAACGAAACGAACCUCUAAAAACUCCUGUCAUCACCCAGGGCACAUUGGCAUCCAGCAUCACAUUUCUUGAAGUGGAUUAUGACGUCCUUUGUCGGACUAUGGUCUCAAGAGGAUGGAGCAUCCAGCGCAGACCGUCCCUGAGGACUAAAGAGAGACAUCGCCUCCUCAUAUCGUCGCGGGUCUCCUUCAGACUUCUUCAGCUCCCGCCAGGAAUACCCACCGCGAGAACAGGGACACCGGAGGUCACGAGACGAGUGCUACAAGUCAGGAAUCAGGAGGCCGCCGGCCUGAGGGAGAGCCCACGGAUCUCACAUUUAAGCAUGUUGUUCAUUGACCCCCACUGCAUUGUAUUAUAAUGCGCAAAUGGAUGCUGACAUGGAACCUUCCAAAUCUGUUCUCGGGACUGUACCUCCACGCGAUCUUCUUGUUCGGCAGCGUGCGCGUGGUCCACGGUGACUGCACCCCGGAGCAACUCACGGCCAUCACGAACUGCUCCAAACACGAGCGUCACACGAGGAACUACGACUACAUGGAGGGAGGAGAUGUGCGCAUCCGACAGCUGUUCAGCCGCACGCAGUGGUUCCUCACAAUUGAUGACUUUGGCAACAUCACCGGGACCCAAGAUCCCACCAACUGCCACAGCAUCCUGGAGAUCAGGACAGUGUCCGAGGGCGGCGUACUGGCCAUCAAAGGCGUGAAGAGCCAGUAUUAUAUCUCUAUGACGAAGGCGGGACAGCUGCAAGGCAAGAGGAUCUACAAUGAAAACUGCAACUUCAAGGAGGUUUUCCUAGAAAACUACUUCAACGCGUACUCCUCUGCCAAGUGGACUAAAAAUGGCAAAGAAAUGUUCAUAGCCUUGUCUCAGAAGGGAAGGCCGAUGCGAGGGAGGAAGACCAGGAGGGAGCACAUAGCGUCUCACUUCAUCCCCAUGAAGUGCAGGGAGGAGGAGAGGAGGGCGGACUGAGGACGCACAGGACUGAUGAGUUGUGUACGAUUUCAAUCACAUAUUAUAUAUGUUAACAGGCGCUAAACAUCACGCUCCACUCUGUUCGUUCUGUGAAAGUUUCAUAGCCUCCAUCAGAUAAAGACACAGUUAUCGGAUGGGCACAUUAAACUAUUCCAAACAUCCUCAAAUAGGAAGUUGAAAUGAGGAGAUAUUUAAAAAAUAGUGGUACACAGACUUAAAAAAAACCCCACAAAUGUCUACUCAGUGUUAUUGUUAUUUUGGGUUGAAUAUUAUAUUUCCUUAUAAAACAGUUAAGUGUUUUCUUAUAAAACAGUCACAUAUAUUACGCACAGUCAGGACUGUAACCUUUUCCAAAGACGAUCUACUCUCAGCCAGAUGAGCAGACCUGUGGGAUCAACCCAAAGGUCCAGAAUGGAGAUUUGUGCUGAAGCAAGCUGGACUUGUCUCUUUAUCUUCUCUUUUUUUUACUGGUACAAGUGCUCGGUGCACACAAAUCAGAGGCAAAAUAACCUACAAUAGCAUGUUCGGUAAAAUGAGAGUUAGUAGGACAAUCUGUUUGAGGACGACCUGCUUUGACCCCUUUGACUGGUCGAAGACAUUGCAGCUGCUCACUGAUUCCUUCUUCAUUAUAAAGGUGUGAUUUUGAAAUGCUAAAAUAUUCUGCUGCUGUUAAUUAAUUAAAAUACAAAGUGAAAAACAUACAAAGUGCUGUUGAUUAAUUAAAAUACAAAGUGAACAACAUAAUCAAUGUGAUGCAAUCUCUUUCCAUCAGAGUAAAUAACGCCACACACAAAUAUAUCACAUAUUUAUCAAUGAGGACAUUUCACAUUUACAUUUUUACAGAGACAAGAUCAGAAGGUCGUUUUAUUAUUUACUACACAUGAUCAAAUACGUUAUCAGCGGUUUGAAAUGUGUUAUUUGUAUUUAAAAAAACAAUUGGCUUAUUUGUCAGUGUCCUUAACGUGCCUUGUUCUACUUUAGUUUGUACUCACACCAACUCCUCUAUUGUGAAACACGUAAAUAUCCAAUCCUACUUUACACAUCCAGUAGAAAGAGAGAAGCACAGACAUAUUUUUGGAGUCAUUUCUUUCCAAUCAUCACAAGUCAUUUUUCCUUUUAUGGCCCAAUAGUUUUUCAGAAGUAUAUCAUCCGCUCCUUGACUUGCCAAAUGUCCUUAGUUCCAUCAGCAAGUCGUUAUUUCACAUCGGACACUUGGCGACGCGUAACCCACGUCUGCAAGCACCGGUGCCUUUUAGCGGGAAGCAUUUUCUUCAAUGUUUGUGUGAAAAAUAUUGCCACUUUAGGAAGAAACUCUGUAUAUGAACCAUGUCUUUCUUCUGCCAAGUGUGAGCGGCGAGCUCUGGAGUGGGAUGAAGAGGGAAUUGUAUUCUGCUGACACGCUGUGAUAGAAAUUCAACAAACCCUCAAUUGCUCAAUAAAUCCAAAUGGAGAAAUAAACAUGUUUUUUUUUUUUCUAUUUGCACGCGACCAUUAAUCAGAAAGAGGACCCUAUUAUUUAGCAACAGCUUUUGGAAUAGCAUCAUCUCAAGGGAUUUGACCUGUUCGGUAUGAUGAUGGAACUGUACAAUAAAAAAGUUUGAAAUAU